AUUAAAAAUGUAUAAUUUAGAAAAAUUAAAAAGAAAACGUAUCCAACGAUAGAGUUGCCCAGAUUGGUAACAAAAGAAAAUUGACAACUCUAGCGAUAAAUUAUUGCGGAACAGCUGGAAAACAGCUGAUUAAAAUUCAGCCGUAUGAGGGAAAGAGGGAAUACCCCUCAUGUUAUCAGUUGCCGGUGUUUAGUUCUGAUUGUGUAAAAUGCUGAAAAUACGCAGCAUUUGCCUGCUGCAAAGGAGGUGGAAGAGCGGGGCCAAGAAACGAUGGAAUGUCCUGCAAAACAAGAAGAACAACUGCGACCGGGCGCUGGAGAACUUCGACGACUUCUAUGGUAGCGUCUACGGCAGCCGGUGGAAGAACAUGCGGGCGGCCCUGCUCACGCGCCACAAGUACAUUGCCAUGGUGAACAACUUCGGGGACACGGAGCAGACCUGCAGCAUGCUAGAAAUGGAUGGAGCGAUCAACAUGAAGUCCCUGAUCAAUCUGGCCCUGGGUCGCCAGCAGGAGACCACUGACACUAUGCCGGAGCAGGGAAAGUCUCGCCACGAAAUUGAAAGCAAGCUGGAUUCUCUGCUGCGUAAGCAGCAGGAACGCGAGGUGGCCCACAUUUACCCGAGUUCAGCAGAGGAUGGCUCAGCCACGACGCUACCACAGCAGCUGAAGUACGACAAUAGCCAAGAAACGCAGACGGAGGACGUCAACCAGCCCAUCGAGCAGAGCUUGACCAGAGCUCUCGAGGAAGACUACAGGCUCGACGAGCAUCGCUUGGUGGACCCCCAGUUUGGCACCGGUGGCUUGUAUGAGUACAUGCCCGCUCACAGCAUCAAGGGCAUGGAGGAUUGGGUGGCCGAGUCGGAGCACUACAAAUAUUACAAAACCAACGCCGAUUUCCCACUCACCAUUGAACCAGAGGCAUCGUUUUACUUUCCCGAGCACCUUUCUCUGUACACAUACGAGAUGGGCAACUGCUCGGACUUCAAGGGACCCAAAAAGUGCCUCACCGGAGUCCUCUCCCACUAUUUGAUGGACGGCGCCUCCACCUUGCCGCCUCUUUUCCUGCAGGUGAAACCCGGAGAGCGGGUCCUAGACGCCUGUGCCUCCCCCGGGGGCAAAUCACUGCUCAUGCUACAGACGCUGCACCUGGACCAGUUGGUGUGCAAUGACGUCCAAGAGUCACGAAUAAACAAGCUGCGCAAGGUGUUGCAGGAGUAUCUGUUCGAUUACAAGGACCGGUGGGCUUGUAAGAGGCUGAUCUUCAGCCAGAGCGAUGCUCGCAACCUCGACCAGUACGAGCAGUUCGAUAAGAUCCUGGUGGAUGUGCCCUGCACCACCGAUCGCCACGUGCUCAAUGCCCAGGAUAACAACAUCUUCAAGCCGACGCGCAUCAAGGAGAGACUACGCAUUCCCGAACUUCAGGCGGGCAUUCUGGCCAACUGCCUGCGUCUGCUGCGUCCGGGUGGCAGCUUGGUCUACUCCACCUGCUCGCUGUCGCCCAUUCAGAACGACGGAGUGGUGCACAUGGCCCUGCAGAAGGUCUUCACAGAGUACGGCAUUACGGCCACCAUUAAGGAUUUAAGCCAGCAAACAUCGCUUUUUAGUGACAUCUUCAAAUUUGACCACCCAAAGGGACUCAAGUAUGGACAGAUGGUGGUACCGUUUCUGCCGGCCAACUUCGGGCCAAUGUACUUUAGUAAGAUAACCAGAAAUAUGUGAACUAAUAGCUUGUACAAUAAAAACUUGAGUUAAGUUGUUCUAAUUUAAUAAACUGUUCACUUCGGGCGACAUUCUGUCCGAAUUACA